AUGACUCUCUACUAUACUCUGGUUUUCCUUCUCCUGGUGCUGGAGAUGGCCAUUUUUGUUGGCCUCAUUGUGCCUCUUCCCUUUACAUGGAAGCGGAAAUUAUUUGCUUUUAUCUCAGAGAGCCCUAUCAUAGCUAAACUACAAUAUGGAAUGAAGAUAACCUUCAUUUUCAUCCUCAUUCUCUUUAUUGACAGUGUCAAUCGUGUUUAUCGCGUUCAAAUCGAGUUGUCCGCAUACUCUAAAGAUGCAACUGGUGCUGGAGCUAGCGCCCUCGGCUCUGAACGAAUGGAAGUCCAGGCUCGAAAAUUCUACUCCCAGCGUAACAUGUACCUUUGUGGCUUCACGCUUUUCCUCUCCCUCAUCCUCAACCGCACUUACACCAUGAUCCUUGAGAUCCUUCGUUUGGAGGAUAGAGUUAAGCAAUACGAGGGCAACACAAAAGCAGGCGGUAAAGACUCUGCGCGUAUCGCGGCCGCGGGCGACAUGGGUGAAAUUGGACGCCUGAGGAAAGAGCUUGCCGCCCGCGAGAAGGAUCUCGACGCUUUGCGGAGACAGAGUGAAGGUCUUUCAAGAGAGUACAACGAACUGAGCGACAAGUACACCAAGGACCAUCUUGACAAUACCCCCAAGAAGGAUCGGUGA